GGAAUGAAGAGAGUCAGUACGACAUCGUUGCUCACUUCAUGUACAUUGUUACAGAAUACGCCAUGUAUAGAUAUUCCCCAAAGUAACUAUCAUUUCUUUGCCUUCUUUUCCCUCUUUGGUUAUUGAUACUUCUCUAGAAAAUCCUCAUUCACUUCUCUAAAACACACUCAAAUCCCAAAAUUCCUCAAAACAUAAAAUUUCUGAAUUUCACUUCUUGUUUGUCUUAUGGAUUAUCUCCCAAACCCCACAAGAGUCUCCUCUUUUCCAACAAAACUUCAAUCUUGAAAUCAUAAUCAUCAUCCAUAUCUUCUUCAAACAUAUAAAGAAACAAUCUUUCCUUAAAGAAUUUCACUUUUCUUGUUUCCCCUUAUUGAAGUAAACCAAUAUGGCAGCUGCACUUAGAUCAAAAUCAUCUAAACACACAGCCUCUAUGGCUAUUACCCAUUUUAGAUACUUUAUUAUCAAUGAUUUUCACACUGGUCUGCCCAAUUUCCAUUUAUGUAACAGAGCCAAAUGGGAAAGGGACAAAUUGGUCUCAAAUUCUGGUCAUAAUUCUACUUUAUUUAAGCCUGUAUCAUUUCGUGGUGAAUUUGUUGAAAGAUGUAAUGAUAAUUUCAAGAACUCAAAUAAAAAGAAACUUAGUAUGUCAAGUAACUAUGGGGAUCCACCUGAGAUUUGGCAACCACCUGGUGAGGGAAUUGUGGUUCGUCCAGGUGUAAAGUUUGUUCAGGUUGGUGAAGGGGAAGGUACCGGGUCGGGUUCUGGAGGUGGGUUUGGUUCCGGGUCAAAAGAUGGGUCUUGGGGUGGAUCCAAUUUGGGUAAUCAAUUUCCUACCCCAAAGCAACUGUGUAAAGGGCUUGAUAAGUUUGUAAUUGGACAGGAGAGAGCUAAAAAGGUUCUGUCUGUAGCUGUAUAUAAUCAUUACAAGAGAAUAUAUAAUGACUCUUCACAUAAGUGGUCUGCAGGAAAUGAGAGUAGUGAAAAGGCAGAUGGAGCAGAAAAUGAGUCUGUGGAGCUUGAGAAGAGUAACAUCCUUCUAAUGGGGCCAACAGGUUCAGGAAAAACCUUACUUGCCAAGACCUUAGCUCGAUUGGUGAAUGUUCCAUUUGUAAUAGCAGAUGCUACGACUCUAACUCAGGCCGGAUAUGUUGGGGAAGAUGUGGAAUCUAUCCUAUAUAAGCUCCUCACUGUUGCUGACUAUAAUGUAGCAGCUGCUCAGCAAGGCAUAGUGUAUAUUGAUGAAGUUGACAAGAUCACGAAAAAGGCUGAAAGCCUCAACAUUAGUAGAGAUGUCUCGGGAGAGGGCGUCCAGCAGGCAUUGUUGAAGAUGCUUGAAGGAACAAUUGUCAAUGUGCCAGAGAAGGGAGCUCGGAAGCACCCUAGAGGGGAUAAUAUUCAGAUUGAUACCAAAGAUAUUCUCUUCAUAUGCGGUGGUGCCUUCAUUGACUUGGAGAAAACAAUCUCAGAAAGGCGCCAAGAUUCUUCUAUAGGGUUUGGUGCACCAGUUCGCACAAACAUGAGGACUGGUGGUGUUACAAGUGCUGUGGUGACAUCAUCAUUAUUGGAGACAGUUGAAAGCAGUGACCUAAUAUCUUAUGGUCUGAUACCUGAGUUUGUCGGGCGAUUCCCCAUCCUUGUUAGUCUGUCAGCUUUAACUGAGGAUCAACUUGUGCAGGUUCUAACUGAGCCAAAAAAUGCGUUAGGGAAGCAGUACAAAAAGAUGUUCCAAAUGAACGGGGUAAAGCUGCAUUUCGCUGAAGAUGCAUUAAGAUUGAUAGCUAGGAAAGCAAUAUCUAAAAAUACUGGUGCUCGUGGAUUGCGAUCCAUAUUGGAGAACAUUUUGAUGGAUGCUAUGUAUGAGAUACCUGAUGUCAGAACAGGCGAUCAUGUAAUAGAUGCCGUUGUAGUUGAUGAGGAGUCUGUAGGAACUGAGGCGCGAGGUUGUGGUGGUAAAAUUCUUUAUGGCAAGGGUGCAUUUGACCGCUACUUUUCACAGAAUAGAUCAAAGGAUUCUGAGACAAACAUGGAGGGGUCUGAUGGAGACCAGGAGGCGGAACAAGAGCUUCCUUCCAUUGUUGCUUUGUAAAUGAUUGUGUGAGGUGUAUUUCUGGUCUCACUUGUGUACAGUAAUCUAGAUUCUUAUAAACAUUGUUAUUUAAUAAGCUCUAAUGUGGUUUCAUACUGCAUUUUUUUUUUAA